CUAAGACUCUGACAACUAUUUCAAUCUUUGUUUAUAUCGCACGUUUACCGAUGGUGUAAACAAACGUUAUAGCUGUGUUUUAGGUCUUAUUCCUGCAACAGGUAUAAGAUCGAAACAGGUUUGAGAUAAGGACUUUUUUAAGUACCCUUUUCACUUUGUCAAUAGCAAGCAACGCAAAAAAAUUGAAUGGGAAUUUGUCUAUAAUGUUUUGUCUGACGCUGCGAUUCAGAGUUCUGGAAGGUGGCGAUAAUGCGCUCGAAUUCAUGGUAGCCAGUCUAACGAAGAAGAGACCUCGAGGUCUUUGUGGAUCUCUUUCUUAGAUAACUUCGUCAGUUAUUGUUAAAUUUCAGAAUGACAGACAGUGCAGGGCUGCACUUUGUGAGCUCUUAUGCAUUUGAGGCCAUUCAAAAGGUGGAUGUGAUGCGGCUGGCAGCGCUAAGUGAUCAUGAACUGAGGCUUUUGCUGCCGUGCUUGGUGAGGAUGGCGCUCUGUGCUCCUGCUGAUCAAAGCAAUGCUUGGGCCCAGGACAAGAAGCAAAUCUUGCGCCUGCUCUCUGGUGUGGAGGCAGUGAACUCUAUAGUGGCACUGCUUUCCGUGGACUUCCAUGCUCUGGAACAAGAUGCUAGGAAAGAGCAACAACUUCGGCAUAAGGCAGGUGGCUCAAACAAUGAGAGUAUCCUGGUCUCUCAGUUACAACAUGGUCUAGCCCUGGAGUUUGAACACAGUGACCCUCUUAGAAGACUUAGACUGGUCCUUAGUGAGCUUCUAGCCAUCAUGAACAAGGUAGCUGACCCCAACAAGGAAUUUUUCCUGAAGUCCUCUGAGCUAUUUGAAAGUCAAGUCUACUUGGAAGAGGUUGCAGAUGUUCUUUGCAUCCUUCAAGCAGAACUGCCAUCUUUAUUGCCUGUCAUAGAUGUUGCUGAGGCCUUACUGCAUGUGCGAAAUGGAGUGUGGUUUCUUUGCCUUCUUGUCGCCAAUGUCCCAGACAGCUUCAACGAAGUAUGUCGGGGUCUUAUAAAGAGUGGUGAACGCCAAGAUGAGGAGAAUGUCGCCGGGAGACACAGGACUGAGGCAUUAAGGCAGCUGUGCCAAAUGAACCCAUCUCAAGCCUUUAACAUCAGAGCCAUGGUGGUAGAGGAAUGUCACCUACCAGGCUUAGGGGUUGCUCUGACUUUAGAUUAUAAGCCAAGCAGUGCAGACAAAGCUGUUAGUCCUUUAGUGUCUUAUGUCAGUGGUCUGCUCCUGGGCACAAACAGCAAAGUGCGCACAUGGUUUGGUAUGUUCAUUCGCAAUGGGCAACAGAGAAAGAGUCACAGUAGUUCAGUUUUAUGGCAAAUGCGGAGACAGCUGCUGUUGGAACUGGUAGCCAUCUUGCCUUGCUCACACAUUAGACGUUUGCCUAACGACGCACUGCUCAGUCCUGAAACAGAGGGCUGCUCAGCGUACUCAAGCCUGAGAGAGGAGCAUGUGGUCAAAGCCAGUUCAUUACUCAGGCUUUACUGUGCUCUCAUGGGCAUUGCUGGCCUCAGACCCACAGAUGAGGAGGCUGAGCAGCUGCUCCAGCUGAUGACCAGCCGCCCUCCUGCUACACCUUCUGGGGUCCGUUUUGUCUCCCUGUCAUUUUGCAAGUUACUUGCCUUCCCCACACUUGUCAGUACACCAGAACAGGAGCAGCUGAUGGUGAUGUGGCUUAGCUGGAUGAUUAAGGAGGAAGAGUACUUUGAAAGUGCUGCUGGUGUUUCUGCUUCUUUUGGAGAGAUGUUAUUGCUUGUUGCUAUGUAUUUCCAUACAAACCAGCUCAGUGCCAUUAUUGAGCUAGUCUGCUCCACAUUAGGAAUGAAGAUUGCCAUUAAGCCCAGUUCUCUAAACAAAAUGAAGACCAUAUUUACCCAUGAGAUCUUCACUGAGCAGGUGGUUACUGCGCAUGCGGUGAGAGUGGCUGUUACCAAUAACCUGAGUGCCAAUAUUACUGGCUUCUUACCCAUCCACUGUAUCCACCAGCUUCUUAAAAGCAGGGCCUUCACCAAGCACAAAGUCUCUAUCAAGGAUUGGAUCUUUAGGCAACUGUGUGAGACUACCACACCUCUACACACACAGCUCCUUCCUCUCAUUGAUGUUUACAUUACUUCCAUUCUUACACCUGCAUCUAAGGCCCACCCAGAGGCUACCAACCAACCAAUUACAGAGCAGGAGAUACUUAAUGUUUUUGAGGGCCAGACAUGGGGAACCUCAGGGAAAGGACAUUUUCAAUAUAGCAUUACCACUCAGCUGCUGAUUCUCUAUUAUAUUCUGUCUUAUGAAGAGGCUCUACUGGCCAACAGCAAAGCACUUGUCCUGAUGCAGAAGAAGCCAAAGUCCUACUCUGCUACCCUAAUGGACCAGAUACCUAUUAAAUACCUCAUUUGCCAGGCUCAGGGCUUGCAUCAGGAAUUAGGGGGACUGCAUUCUGCUCUGCUGCGUCUCCUGGCUACUAACUACCCUCACCUGUGCAUGGUUGAAGACUGGAUAUGUGAGGAGGAGGUGACUGGCACAGUUCCCCUCAUGCGCAAGAUGUUGCUCAGUAGCCCAGCAUGCAAGUACUCACCUGCUCAGUUGCACAUGGCCUUCCAGAAUAUAAGACUGAGUGGGCACAUACUGUUGCAGAUCCUGGAAUAUUUGACAUUACUGAGUGCAGGUGAUCUGAUCCCCUAUGCAGAGGCUCUGACUACAAAUAUGGGAUUGCUUCUAGAGGAUAUUGUGUCUCGCAGAGUUCAGCAGACUGUUAACAAGCUCUGGAUGGUACUCAAUACAGUCAUGCCUCGAAGGCUGUGGGUGAUGACAGUAAAUGCAUUGCAGCCAUCUGUUAAGUACUUCAGGAAGCAAAUCUAUACUCAAAAUGACCUGUUAGUGGACCCUCUAAUUGUGUUGCGAUGUGACCCCAGAGUGUUAAGGUCCCCCCCCCUCAUGGAUAUCAUGUUACACAUAUUGAAUGGAUACUUGAAGGCAUCCAAGGCCUACUUGAAUGCGCAUCUGAAGGAGACUGCUGAAUUCGAGAGGCAAAAUCUAACCAUCUCAAACCUGGGGCUUACUGGUCAGCCAGAUACACCAGAGGUCACAAGGGAGGAGCUAAAGAAUGCUCUUUUGGCUGCACAGGACAGUGCAGCAGUGCAGAUCUUAUUGGAGGUGUGUCUGCCCUCCUCUCAGGAGGAGCAACAACUGGAAAGAAGAGGUUCAUUUUUGCUUAGGACUGUUCAGUCAGUUUCAGUUCUUCCUGAAAAAGGAAAAGGAGGAGCUCUGUGGUCACCCUACUCAUCACAGCAGGCCAAGGAUCAACCAGUAGGGGUUAAAGAGCAGACUGAGGGGGGAUUGCUCAGUGACAUCAGGGAAGUACAGUGUCUCAUUUGCUCUCUGCUGCACCAGAUGUUUAUUGCAGAUCCCAACAUCGCCAAACUAGUACACUUCCAGGGUUAUCCUCAGGCUCUGCUUCCUCUGACUGUAGCUGGCAUUCCUUCCAUGCACAUCUGUUUGGACUUUAUUCCUGAGCUCUUGGCACAGCCUCAGCUUGAGAAACAGAUAUUUGCAAUCCAGCUUCUGUCUUGCCUUUGCACACAGUAUGCUCUGCCUAAAUCCCUUACUGUAGCACGCCUAGCUAUCAGUGUGAUGGGUACUCUGCUCACAAUCUUAACACGGGCCAAGCGCUUUGCUUUCUUCAUGCCAACCCUACCAUGUUUGGUGUCCAUUUGUUGGGCUUUUCCUCCACUCUAUGAUGAUGUGGCAUCCCUGCUGGUGCAAUUGGGCCAGGUGUGUGCAGCUGAUGUUGCUGCUAAAGCCCGGGACAUUGACCCAUUCAUUUCCAGGCUACGGUACUUGAAGGAGAAUCUUCAGACUUCACUGGGGCCACAUGUGAGAGUAUUAACUGUUCCUAAGAGAUCUGCCGAAGAGCUGUGUGGAGCUGACCAAGAUGUCCAGCUGUGUUACUGUAUAGAAGCUACUUUCAUGGACAUUAUUAGCACUAGUACCCAGGGAUUUUAAAGAAAAAAUAAGACAAAGUUGACAGGGUAUUAUGUUGACAUGACAAGCAUGUCUUGAAGCUACUAACCAUUAAAUCAUAAUUAGUACAAAUGAUGUAAUGCAAUAAGUCAAAGCAAAUAUAUUCAUCAAAAUGUAUAGUAACAUUGGAUAAAAAAUGACAUUUAUUAUUACAAUUGACAGUGACUAAAACUGAGCAUAAACAUGCACCGAACUGAAAAGUGGCUUUCUGAAAAAAUAGCUAGUAGUCAGUGUUGGCCAGAUGUUAUUGACUUGUUUUCAAGACUACUAUACAAAUAUUUUCUUUGCUCUGAGGCAUUUUCUUCUGUCUUAGAUUUGAAAAACAGAAUUUCUUUGUCCUUUUAGUUUAAAUUAAAGACCAUGGAAAGACCAUUUGAUAGUUUGUUCGGUAAUGGUGUUUAACUUUUUGGUGUUUAAAUUUUGACACUUAUUACACUGUAAACAAAAAAUAAGUUAGCAAAUUUCUUAUGAUGAUGACUGAUUUCUAAUUUUUUUUUCAGAGAUUUUUUUAGUGGUUUUGUUUUUGCCCACAUAUCUAAAAUAUAUUUGCAUGGGGGUCAUGGGAUCAAAGUUUAAUGCAGUGGGGGGGCUGUCAUGAAUAUAUUUUUACAGCUGUUUUCAUUUCGAUGUUUUUUUUUUUUUAAUAUAUUUUGAAAUCGUAAAGAUGUGUUAAUCAAGCAAGUAUUCCCUAUGAAUUCUGAGUCCUUCUAAAAAUACAGAGCAAGUGCAAAACAGAUUUUAUCUAACCUCCCUGCUACUACCCACCAUAUUUGUCUAGCUAAUGUCUUCUUUCAAAGAAAUGUCAAUAUUUACAUGGUUCCUCAGAAACCAUCUGAGCAUAUAAUUUUAUCAUAUUUGUAAUACAAACACCAACAUAUAGAUAAAGCAUAAAAAUAAUUCUACAUAGCUGUCUAGGGAAUCUUGGGUCCAUGUUACCAUGGAGACGUUUCAAGUUGUUUUGAUUUUACUGCUAUCCCUUUUUGAGUGUAAAAGGUACUUUCAUGAGUCAGACUGCAAAGGCUGCUAGAGUUCUCUUAGCAGCAUGUUAAAUAUUUCGUAUUGGAUUAUUUUCUCAUUUGACUGGAUAAUGUGCGUGUUUAUUUUUGGGCCAUUGAGACACAGUGGGAAACUGAUAAAUAUGUGUGUCAUGUAGUAUCCAGGAAAUAGUACACUCAUAUGAAAAGACAGCUAUAAUGUAUUUCAUGCCUUGAUUUGAACAAUUGACACGUUUACUACAUUGCAACCUGAAGUUUAUUUGGCAUAUUGAUGCUGAAUUAGAUAGCUGGGCUGCCAACUCUUGUCAGGGGAAAAUAGCAAAGCGAUGGACUGUUGGUUGAACAUACAUGAUCAUUUGCAUACAAGUGUUUUUUUAGAAGAAGGAAUAUUUUAUAUUUAAGAAAACUUUUCAGAAUAAAAAAAUUACAUAUUCUCAAUUCUGAUUAACACACCUAGCCCUGUGGUUAACAUAUCACAAGUAUUAUUCAGUUUAUAACAAAGCAAUUUGCCAAUAGUUUCAAUCCUAUGACCGAUUCACUGCCUGUCCUUUCAACCACUGCAAACCAGAAACACCCCACAAAACUUGCUGUUUCUAACAUUUUAUCUAGCCAUUGUGUGGCACAUCACAUAAGUAUUGCCUUUCAUAAAACUUAAGAAUAAUAAAUUGAUUUUAAAGUUAUCAAUCACUGUAGAUCAUCUCAUAUACUUCUGUUGAUGUGUUAUGGAUAUGUCAGCAGCUUAUGCUGAACUAUCCAUCCAUUCUUUUUAAGAACCGGAUUUCAAUAGCCUUUUAACCAAUUUCCAAUGUUUCGUACAUAUGUGCAAUAUAAACUCAUUAUGGAGAGAUUGAUGCCAUUUGUGUAUGUGGACAUUGGUGUUUGUGAGUACACACUUUCACAUUGGAGAGUAAGAGCAGACCUUGAUGUGAAAGAAUCCCAAGUGAUGGUUAAACAAUCUCUGCAACCAUUAUCUUAACUGUUCACCUGUCUUUGUGUGCACACUCAUCUUGAUGGUUGGUCUUCUGAAUGUUUAUUUCAUCCAACCAAACUUGCUAUGAUCUCACAUGCUGACAGCCAUGUUUUAUUUGCUGGUUUAUCACACCUCAAAUCUAUCUGUAGCUGAUGCUUCACCAUGCCCCUGCUGCCACAGUGUAAAUUAAUUGAUAUUUUUUCCCCCUUAACACUAUACAAAAUAAAACAUUUAAAAAUUCA